AAAGGUGCAAAAUACAAGUUGAUCAUCACAAAAGGAAGUUCGCUUGGAAAAUUCUGCAUUCUAUUGCUGCCAAGAUUGUCCAUAUUACCGAACUGCAGGAUACUCGAAACAUAAUCUUCACGUAGUGCCUAACAGUGGUGGAGUUUCUUAAGGGCCCCAGCUUCAUCAAAUUCAACAGUUGUGCGUAUUGGGCUGGAGAGAGAAAGGCAAACACAAGGAACAGCGCAAAAACAAAUCUCCAAAACAAGAACAUAGGCUCCUUUGUGUGCGUGUGUGUCGUUACGAUCGCAAUUGGUUUGCACAAUACUGUGUCAGCAGUGGAGAUUGUAUGGUGUGUGCUUUGUGUUUGAUAAACUUUUCGUACGCGCAACCGUGUGUUUUCUAUUUGUCCAAAACUCUUAUCGUAAAGGGUCUGGCGAAAAUCUCGUAGUUAGUAACUACUGUAAACCUUCCUUUGACCUAUCGAAGGCGAUUCCGUUCCCAUGAGGGUGUCGUAUCAGAUAUAUCAAAGAACAAAAGCAGCGCGUAGUUUGGUGCGGAUUUUCAAGGUUAGCAGCAAACAUUAGUACGCGAGGUGCCCGAAUCUAACCACCCAGAUCGUUUAGGCCGUAGAAAAGUUGUACAAACACGCGACUUCCCUCUCGGACGUGCGUAGCAUUUUGGCCAGUGGUUGCGAUUCUAACCCUACCGAAGCAAAUCGAUUGAAAUCGCUUUUGCUACUUGCAUCAGCUGUUCCGAAAUACGAAAAACGUCCUCCGUCAACACAGCUAGCCGAGCGGAUUACAACGAUAAUAAUAAUAACAUACAACGCCAUCCGUGCUGCGCCUCAGACACUUCCCAUCGUCCGCUCGGCCUUGGAACGUUGGUUCCGCUGCACAACACAAAUAUAACAAAGGAGUGCUAGCAGGCUUUCGCUAUUCGGAAAGCAACUCAGCUUCAAGACAUCGGUCACACAGACAUCAUUCGAACACACACAGAGUUAUUCACUAAUAGUAUCCACAAUCUCCGUUGAGAAAAGGAGCCAUAGCCAGCGAAUAAACAAAGAACCAUUACCCAUCCGCGGCGAGUCUGUUUCUGUUGAAGCAAGCCAUGAGCCUCCUGGCAAGAACAGACAUAGAUGCGGGGGGAUUUUUUGUCAACUUCAAUCAGGAUUGCUCAUCCUUAGCGGUUGGGUCGAAAAAUGGAUACGGUUUAUUUUCAUUGAACUCGGUCGAUUCAAACCUAGACCAGAUAUACACGAGCUUGGGCGAGGACAUCUGCUUAGUAGAGCGACUUUUUAGCAGCUCUCUCGUUGCCGUCGUAUCACUGAACGCUCCGAGGAAGCUUAAGGUAUGUCACUUUAAAAAAGGAACAGAAAUAUGCAACUACUCGUACUCGAACACGAUUUUGGCGGUGAAGCUAAACCGUUCCCGGCUGGUCGUGUGUCUAGAAGAGAGUCUCUACAUACACAACAUACGGGACAUGAAGGUUGUGCACACUAUACGCGAUACGCCACCGAACAAGACAGGGUUGUGUGCUUUGGCGUCGGAUUCGGAUCACUGCUAUCUGGCCUACCCGGGAAGCGCCACCGUCGGUGAGGUACAGAUCUUCGAUGCGGUUAAUCUGCAUGCCAAAAUCAUGAUCCCGGCGCAUGAUUCACCGCUCGCGGCGAUAGCGUUCAGCCAGAUCGGUACAGAAAUUGCAACAGCGAGCGAGAAGGGCACAGUCAUUCGGGUGUUUUCCGUGAGCGACGGUUCGAAACUGUUCGAGUUUCGCCGGGGCGUCAAGCGAUGCGUCUCGAUAGCGUCCCUAGCGUUCAGUACCUGUUCGAAGUAUCUGUGUUGCAGCUCGAACACGGAAACGGUGCACGUGUUUAAGUUGGAGCGCGUUUCACCGGAAACUAACGAUGACCAGGGUGCCGGUGAGGCGUGGUACGGUAAAUUUAGCAAGGCUUUUGCAAACUACUUGCCACUGCCAACGCAAGUGACGGACGUGUUUUCGCAAGGGCGAGCGUUUGCAUCGGCCCUGCUGCCCGUAGCCGGACUAAGACAUUCCUGUGUCAUUACAACGAUUCAGAAAGCGCUCAGAAUGUUGGUCGCCUCCCAGGAUGGAUAUCUGUAUGUGUACCAAAUACCAUCGGAAGGGGGCGAGUGUCAGCUGAUAAAAAAGCAUGAUCUCAGAAACAUCGAACCACCACCGAAUCCACCCAGAACGGAAUCAGUGCCAAUUGGUGUACCAACGGUGGUACCGUCAGGUGGGUCUAGCUAUGCUGCCACCGUUCGCGGUACUGCCGGUAGCAGUGCCGGCAGUGGUGGUGUAGCCGGCUCAGCAGAAGACGAUCAUCAUGACCAUUCGCAGCAACAGCAGCAGUAAAAGUUCGCAGACAUGUAAAUUUAAAGAAGUCGAACUGAACUGAAUCGUUGUACUACGGGUGCGAUGAAGCUCGACGGAAUUACUCGCGGAUCAUGGUUUCCGGAAGCUCUCUUCAUGUUUACAGUUGUGCUGAAAUGCUGAAGUUGUUGCUUGAGCAAACGGCAAUACCCCGGAGCGUUUUCUCACCAAGCAAACAGGACGUUCGUCGGAAGCCUUUGUUUGUUUCGUUGUUUUCACGCUCGAUCUGAUUCGUGCUAAAAGCUUAUUAUUGCCCGAAUUCACAAUUGACACGUUGACAUAAACCGGGAUCAGAUUUAAACCCACACGAAAAAACUACCACAUACACACUAUAUAACACUUGUAAACAGAUGUGGCAGCAACCACUCACAAACCAGGGGAAAACCCUGGUUUUUCGAAGGCUGUAAGAGAGUUUGCGCCCAACUUAAUUGUCUAUGCGUGCUGCGAAACAUAAGAAAGCGAUUAGUAGUAACCGGUUCCAAAUGGAAUGGGAAAGGAUCUAGGCAUCAAUGUGAUAGAAAGGCGCAUAAAUCAUACCCUCGCCACAGGGACUGCGGCAUAAAUAAUGGAAAAAAGAAUAGUUACAGGUUCUGUUAAAUUCGAUGGCUCAAAAUUCCUGAACCAUCUUCCUUCUCCUUCUUAUGUAUCCACCGCCUCUCCAUACUGCAGGUCAGCAAAUAGGAAACUUUUAUCCACUAAUAAAAGCUAAGAGAAGCGAAAGUUACUCCAGUAGAAGUUAACUACAAUAUAUCGCUAAUGUGGGACCCCAAUUCAUACAUGGCUACGUAUAGUGGACUGUUUUUCCCCCUCCGUGGCCGUACAGAAUCAGAUUUCUUUCCGCUGUGAAGGGAAAACCGGUAGUGCAAGAAUUAAUUAGAAAGCAGAACAUAUUUUUUUAUAAUGCAUUGUUUUAAAAGAAGAAACUGGAACUGAAGGUUAGCAAAGCAAACGAAGAAGAAAAGGAUACGCAAAAGAAGGACAACACAUCUAGGAAACAAACUUUCGCGUAUUGUUAGCGACUGUAAGAUGGGCAAAGCAAGAUAAAGAAGUAUAUUUGAGUGUAGGCUUUACCGUAUGUGUAGCAUAAUAAUGCUAGGCAGGAAGUAGAAAGGUGGUUCGUUUGGCCGACAUCCGGACAACACAGUGCUGGUUGCCGUAUCGAGGGCACUACGCACGGUGAAUAAUAUAAGGGCGCAAGGUAGCCAGGGAGAAGAAGCUGAGAUAUAUUAAUUAUCUUCUAGUGCAUUGAAUAAUAUUUCGAAACUCUCUCCCGAACGUUUGACUUGCGGUGAAUCAUAACGCAGUGAGAUAGAUCAGUUAGCGCAUUAGUGGUACUGAGUUUAACUUGAUUUAUCCAUAGUGUUUAAGACCAAACAAAAUCAAUUGAUCAAUAAAAUCUUUCGA